UGAGCAGCAUUGAUGUACGUUGUUUAAAGCGGAGCCUCUUUUUAUUUACCCAGUGCUGGCGAAAGGAUUUCGAAGAUUACACUGCCGAAAGGACCUAACGAAAACGAACCAUGCGGUCUGUAAUCUUAGUGCUGGCCUUGGUGUCUCUGGCAGUAUCUCAGGACAAGUUGAACAUGUGCAUGACUGCAAAGCAUCACAAGGCAAAACCUGGUCCAGAGGGACAGCUUUAUGAGCAGUGCUCUCCUUGGAAACACAAUGCCUGUUGCACAGCCAACACCACUGAGGAAGCCCACAAUGAUGUCUCCUACCUAUACAACUUUAACUGGAAUCACUGUGGCAUAAUGUCAGAGACCUGCAAGAAACACUUCAUACAGGACACCUGCUUCUAUGAGUGCUCCCCACACCUAGGGCCCUGGAUUCAGCUAGCCGAUGAAUCAUGGCGAAAAGAGCGGAUUCUGGAUGUGCCCCUCUGCCUGGAGGACUGCGAGACAUGGUGGAGUGACUGCAAGAAUGACUUCACCUGCAAAGACAACUGGCACAAAGGCUGGGACUGGACCACAGGUCGGAACGAAUGCCCCACGGGGGCACAGUGCAAGAGGUUUACCGACAUUUUCCCCACCGCCCAGAGCAUGUGUGAGACUAUCUGGUCCAAUUCGUACAAAUACACCACGUACACUAAGGACAGUGGCAAGUGCAUGCAGAUGUGGUUCGCUGAGGGCCCGAGCCCCAACAAAAAGGUGGCUGAAUACUACCUGAAUGAGGCCCCCUCAGUCAGUGUGCCAGUAUCCCUCGUCAUACUUCCAGCCCUAUUCUCCAUACAGCUGUUCUAGAAAAAGGGUGACAUAAACUUAAUGGUGACAUUUUCUUCUCUCUCCCUCUAAAUUAUAGUCCCUUACGGUUGGAAUCGAUAUGGUUUUCUAUGAACUGUAUAACUUUUUAACCUCAGCUAAUACAUAAUUGGAUAGACAGUCAAAUUAUUUUGUGAAGAAUAGGUGAUUUUAUGAGGAAAUAAAACCAGUUCUGACAUAUUAUUUAUAAAUCAGCCUUAUAAGUUCCACUGAUUUGGUAUCUGCUUUGUACAAAAAAACUAAACUUUUUUUCUGUCAGGUUCAGUUUGAAAUAUUUUAGAUUUCUCCCAGAAAAUGUGAGAUGAAUUCCAAGUACAAAGUGGAAACUACACAUUUUGAAUGACUGAGAGAAAAUUGUUUAAAGAAAAGGCCAUUUAAACUAUGGUGCCCCAGGCACCUUCUAAGAAAUUACUUGAACUUGUGAUUGAAAAAAAUCACUGAAAAUGUUGUGGUCGCCAACCAUUUAUGUAGAGUUUUGCAGAGUUUAUGUAUACAGUUUUGCACUGAGCGGAGAUAAUCACAAAUAAAGCACUGUAGUAGAUAUGCUGGUGAUGAGAUCAUUACCUGGUUGGUAACUCUUUUGAAAAUCGAUGUGCUGUGGUAACACAGCAUCCAUUGUGGAUUAUUCCCAGUGACCUCGAUGUCCUGCACACCUCAGUUGCCUGUGAUGAUUUCUUUCAGUAUAACAAUAUUAAAUAUCAGCCUUGUAUGAAUGCUUCAA